AUGUCUCUGCUGAAAGAUCUGCUAGAACAACCCGUGUUGGUGCUUACUGUCGAGGGUGACUCGAUUUGUGGGAGCCUAGACGGGUUUGAUAAAGCAGGCAAUGUGAUGGUCUCAAAUACCCAUGGAUUAAGAGUGAUCAGAUCCAGUGAGGUUGUAUUUGUGGCAUCUUAUGAUGGGGAUAUUAAGGAGUUUGCACAUAUCAAGGACACUAAAAAUAAGAUACAGGAUGAGUAUUUGAUUUGGGAGAAAGUUUGGAGCAUGAAACUGCAAAAAUUACAAUUGGAAAAAAAUUAA